ACAAAACAUUCUUAACCCUCCUCACAUUUCUCAUCUACAAACAAAUUUCAAGAAACAGAAACUUCCAACUAAAUUAUCCAGCCCAUGGUUUCACUACAAAUAUUUUCAGCAGCUAAUUUAUCUUCUUCUUUGAAGACAGUUAAUGCUGCUAUUCAUCUCCCUAAACUCCCUCGUGUAUUCUCAAUCCCACAACUACCAAAAACAAAGCCUCUUAUUGAGGACUUUAAUGUAUCCAUUCAUCAUAUUAAUACAAAUCAAUUUCAAAACAAUAAUAUUGUCCUCACCUCACAAUCACACGACAGGAAUACAGAUGAUAUUAUUAUUAAACUUUAUGCAGUCUUGGAAGCUGUUUCCGACAGAGUUGAAAUGCAUCACAAUAUUGCCCAACAACGUAACAAUUGGAACAAUCUUUUAUUAAAUUCCAUCAACAUGAUUACUCUUACUGCUACAACUUUGGCUGCUGUUGCUUCUGCUGCUGCAACCACUUGCUCUGAUUCUUCACUUUUGGCUUUGAAACUAUCUUCUGCUCUUUUAUUCUCUGCUGCAACCGGAAUCUUACUUAUCAUGAACAAAAUUAACCCUUCUCAACUCACAGAGGAACAAAGAAAUGCUACAAGAUUGUUUAGACAGCUUCAGACACAAAUCCAAACCACUAUUGCAAUAGGAAAUCCUAGUGAGGAAGAUGUCAAAGAUGCAAUGGAGAAGGUUUUGGCACUUGACAAAGCUUACCCACUUCCCUUAUUAGGAGCAAUGCUUGAAAAAUAUCCUGCAAAAUUUGAGCCUGCUGUUUGGUGGCCUUCUAAAAAAGGAAAAUCACAAAGAAAGAAAAUUGGGAAAAUGAAUAAUGGAUGGAGUGAAGAAUUAGAAAUGGAAAUGAGGGAGGUUGUUGAAGUGAUAAAGAAAAAAGAUGCUGAAGAUUAUAACAGACUGGGAAAUAUAGCUUUGAAGAUAAACAAGAGCUUGGCAAUUGCUGGGCCAUUACUCACAGGAAUUGCAGCUAUUGGAUCUACUUUUAUAGGUAAUGGUAAUUCUUUGGCUGCUUUUGUUCCUCUCUUGGCUGGUUCAUUGGCUUCUGCGAUUAAUACUUUUGAACAUGGUGGCCAAGUUGGCAUGGUUUUUGAAAUGUAUAGAGGCUCUGCUGGAUUCUUCAACUUAUUAGAAACCUCAAUUGAAUCAAAUUUAAGUGAGAAAGAUUUAGAGAGAAGAGAAAAUGGAGUAUUGUUUGAAAUGAAGAUGGCUUUGAAGUUGGGAAGAAGUAUAUCAAAUCUGAGGGAACUUGCAUCAAAAUCAGCUUCAUAUAGAAUGGAAGGUGUUGGUGACAUGGAUGAAUUUGCCAGCAAGCUUUUCUAAGAUAAUCUUUACACAGAACACAUGUUUUUGCUCCUUAAUGUGUAGAUAUCACAUUCUUUUAUUCUUUUAUGUAUAUACAUUGUUAGUCAUCUGACAUAGAAAACAAAUGUAAAUAUAGACU